GCGGAGCGACGUCGUUCAGGGACGGGGCGUGGCUUCGGUUACUGUGGUAGCAGGGACGCUCAGGCAGGGCCGGAGCCCAGGUUAGACGCCAAUCAAUGUUCCUCCCGUCCUUUGCAUGGCACCCAAGAAAGAGAAACCGGGCGGGACUGUGAACACCACCAGUUCUAAGAUAUGGGAACCCUCGCUCGUAGCUGCACAGUUCAAUCAGAACGAUUGGAAGGCCUCCAUUGCUUUUGUGGUUGGGAAUCAGAUUCAAGAUGAUCUUCUCAUCCAAGCCCUUACCCUGGCUGUCCAGGUCCCUCAGCGUAAACUCUUCAGUAUGGCAUCGUGGCAAGACAUUCUCCAGCAGAUUAAUGAAAUAAAUACCCUUGGAUCUGCUUCGUCUAAAAAGGCAAAAAAAUCUGUAGGCGGUAGUGCACCUUUAUAUUAUGAGGUGUUAAUGGCAGCAAAAGCAAUUAUGGAUAGCGGAGAGAAAUUAACCUUACCACUGAUAGGGAAACUCUUGAAAUUUCAACUUCUCCAGAUUAAAUUUAAGGACCAACAGCGACGGGAAAGUGAAAAGAAGGUAAUAGAAGACAAACUGAAGUUAGAAAAGGAUAAAGGGAAAGCAAAAUCUCCCAAGGAGAAGAAGGCUGCAGGUGCGAAGCCUGCCAAAGGAAAGGGAAAGGAUCAGCCGGAGGCCAGCGCGGCAGUGAAAAAGGCCACCCAGUUAAAGCGGAGAGGAGAAGACGAUGACGCCAGAUGUUACAUUGACGAUGAGCCAGAUGAUGGUGCCCAACAUUACAUUAUAGUUGUGGGCUUCAACAAUCCUCAGCUAUUAGCAAUUAUGGCUGAACUUGGCAUUCCUAUAACCAGCGUGAUUAAAAUAUCUUCAGAGAAUUAUGAACCUCUGCAGACGCACUUGGCAGAAGUUAACCAACAGCAGGAAGUUCUUCUUCAGCCUGAAGAUCUAGAAGAAGAAGAAUUGAAGAGAGAAAAUACCAUUAAAGAACUUCAGACUUUCUGGAAGUAUUUGGAACCAGUCCUGAAUAAUGAGAAACCUGAAACAAAUCUCUUUGAUGUUGCUCGACUUGAAUACAUGGUCAAAGCAGCUGAUUUUCCUUCUGACUGGUCAGACAGCGAGAAAAUGCUGAAAUUGGGCACUGAUAUUUUUGAAAAUAUUGCCUGUUUGAUGUAUGACAUCCUGGAUUGGAAAAGGCAGCACCAGCACUAUUUGGAAAGCAUGCAGCUUAUUAAUGUUCCACAAGUGGUUAAUGAGAAACCUGUAUUCGAAGCCAUGCCAACUUUGGAGGCUCUACAACUUGUUGUAGCAUCCCCUGGAAAGAAGAAAACACAGUCUGAAGAACCGCAAGCUCCACCACCAGUGACUUCCGUCAUCACAACUGAAGUAGACAUGAGAUACUACAAUGAUUUGCUGAAUCCGAUUCCAGAGGAAUUCAUUUCUGUGCCCCUGAUACUGCACUGUAUGCUGGAACAGGUUGUGGCAACUGAAGAAGACCUUGUCCCACCCAGUCUGCAGGAGCCACCCCCCAGAGCAGACGGGCUAGACCACAGAAUCGCAGCUCACAUCGUAUCCCUGCUGCCCUCACUCUAUCUCUCGGAGAGGGAGAAAAAGAAUCUUCAUGAAGCAUUUUUAUCUGAAGAAGAAAGUGAAAGCAAAGCUGUGCCCAAAGGCCCCCUUCUACUGAAUUAUCAUGAUGCACACGCCCACAAGAAGUAUGCACUAAAGGACCAAAAGAAUUUUGAUCCAGUUCAAAUUGAGCAGGAGAUGCAGUCCAAGUUGCCACUGUGGGAAUUCCUUCAAUUCCCUCUGCCCCCACCGUGGAACAACACUAAGCGUCUAGCAACAAUUCAUGAGCUCAUGCACUUUUGUACGAGUGAUGUCUUGAGCUGGAAUGAAGUAGAACGAGCCUUCAAGGUGUUUACCUUUGAGAGCCUGAAACUCUCUGAGGUUGAUGAAAAAGGGAAACUAAAGCCUUCUGGGAUGAUGAGUGGGUCAGAUUCUGAAAUGUUCAGCAUACCGUGGGACAACCCUGCCAGAUUUGCUAAACAGAUAAGGCAGCAAUGUGCCAUGAAAAUGAACACCCGAGAGGCCAAGCAGAUAGCAGGACCUGAUAAUAGGCAGCUGUUAGAGCAGGAGAGCAUCAUGAAGACUCAACCCCAACAUGAGUCUUUGGAGCAGACCACAAACAAUGAGAUCAAAGAUGAUACAGAAACAAAGGCUGAUUUUCAUGUAAAGAAACCCAAGAAGAUGAUGGUGGAAGCAGAUUUAGAAGACAUAAAGAAAACACAGCAGCGCAGUCUAAUGGACUGGAGUUUUACUGAACAUUUUAAACCAGAAGUACUGCUUCAGGUCCUUCAAGAAGCCCAUAAGCAGUAUAGGUGUGUUGAUUCUUACUACCACACCCAAGACAACUCUUUACUUUUAGUCUUUCAUAAUCCAAUGAAUGUACAACGUUUGCAUUGUGAAUAUUGGAACAUUGCUCUUCACUCCAAUGUGGGAUUCAGGAAUUAUUUAGAACUUGUUGCAAAAUCUAUUCAAGAUUGGAUCACAAAAGAAGAAGCUAUAUAUCAGGAAGCUAAAAUGAAUGAGGAAAUUAUUAGGACCAGGACUCAGCUGGAACUGAAAUCUUCUGCUAGUACCAAAAUGGCUUCUGCUAGCAAAAUUUUUUCCCUUAAAAAAUCUAAAAGUAACAAAGGAAUCAGCAAAACAGACAUAUCAGAUCAAGAAAAAGAAAAAGAGAAGGAAAAGAUUCCUUUCAUUUUAGAAGGCUCUCUCAAGGCUUGGAAAGAAGAGCAAGAUCGAUUAGCAGAAGAGGAACGCUUAAAGGAAGAAAAGAAAGCAGAGAAGAAGAGCAAAGAUGCUGGUAAAAAGAAAGGCAAGGAUAAAGUAGAGGGAGAAGACAUUAGGUCUUUGAAGAAAAAAUCGUCUUACAAGGAGAAACCUAAAGAAGAACAAAUCAAGGUCCAAGAAGUAACAGAGGAGUCCCUUCACCAACCAGGACCUGAGAUAACUUACUCGCUUCACGGAUAUAAUAUGGGAAAUAUACCCACUCAAAUCUCGGGGUCAAAUUACUACCUGUAUCCUUCCGAUGGAGGGCAGAUUGAAGUGGAAAAGACAAUGUUUGAAAAAGGUCCAACUUUUAUCAAAGUGAGAGUGCUAAAGGACAGGCACAAUUUUAUAAUUCAUUUAAGUGACCCUAAGGAAAUUGUGAAAAAGGAAGAGAAAGAGCAUUAUUAUUUAGAAGAAGAGAAAGAAGGAGAUGAGGAACAAAAUUUUGAAGCAGAAGUAUCAGACACAAAGAAUAAAGCUUUCAGCAAGUUUGGAUCUUUUUCUGCCACCUUAGAAAAUGGGAUCUGCCUCUCAAUAAGUUACUAUGGAUCAAAUGGAACAGCACCAGAAGAUAAAGAUCCUGAUUUAGAAACAAUAUUGAAUAUCCCUUCAGCACUCACUCCAACAGUGGUUCCUGUUAUAGUGACUGUUCCUCAGAGCAAAGCUAAAGGGAAAAUAAAAGGCAAAGACAAACCCAAAGAAUCCCUUAAAGAAGAAGAGCACCCAAAAGAAGAAGAGAAAAAGGAAGAAGUAGAACCAGAACCUGUUUUACAAGAGACUUUUGAUGUUCCCACCUUCCAAAGCCUAAAUGUGUCUUGCCCCAGUGGGCUCCUGUUGACUUUCAUUGCGCAAGAAUCUACAGGUCAAUAUGUUAUAGAUGAGGAACCCACGUGGGACAUCAUGGUCCGUCAGAGCUACCCCCAGAGGGUGAAGCACUAUGAGUUCUAUAAAACGGUGAUGCCACCAGUAGAGCAGGAGGCUUCGAGGGUUAUCACCAGUCAAGGCACUGUUGUCAAAUAUAUGUUGGAUGGAUCCACACAGAUUCUCUUUGCAGAUGGUGCUGUGAGCAAUAGUCCCAAUUCAGGUCUUAUUUGUCCUCCUGAAAUGCCAGCAAGCCCUCACUGUGGAGAUUUGUUGGACUCUGUUUCUCAGCAGAAAUCAGAAAGGGCACCGUCUGAUGUUACCAACGCAAAGAAAGGAAAAAGUCACAAAAAUCAGUCAUUAAUGGCCCAUAAGGGUGAAAUCCAUGACCAUUCUCCAGAGAUAGUUCAAAUAGUAACUCCUGUGGAGGUUCCCAUAGGCACUUGGUUUACAACGACACCUGAAGGAAAACGGAUUGGCACCAAAGGAUUAGAAAGAAUAGCAGACUUGGCCCCAUUGUUAUCCUUUCAGGCCACAGAUCCUAUCAAUGGAACGGUUAUAACAACUCGAGAAGACAAAGUCGUCAUAGUUGAAAGGAAAGACGGUACUCGGAUAGUGGAUCAUGCUGAUGGUACCAGAAUCACAACCUUUUAUCAAGUUUUUGAAGAUCAGAUUAUUCCACCAGAUGACCAAGAAACAACCGAAGGUUCUCGGACUGUCACCAGGCAGGUGAAGUGUAUGCGGGUAGAAAACUCACACUAUGCCACCGUUAUCACCAACUGUGAGGACAGUAGCUGCUGUGCCACCUUUGGAGAUGGAACAACUGUUAUUGCAAAGCCACAGGGAACAUACCAGGUGUUACCUCCAAACACAGGCUCUCUCUAUUUUGACAAGGAUUGUUCAGCUAUAUACUGCCAUGAAUCAAGCAGUAACAUAUACUAUCCUUUCCAAAAGCGUGAGCAGCUGAGAGCUGGCACAUACAUCAUGAGGCACACUUCAGAGAUUAUCUGUGAGGUUCUGGAUCCUGAGGGAAACACUUUUCAGGUCAUGGCUGAUGGUACCGUAUCAACUAUAUUACCUGAAAAAAAAUUGGAAGAUGAUUUAAAUGAAAAAACUGAGAGCUAUGAUAGUUUAUCCUCUAUUCACCUUGAAAAGAAUCAUCAGCAAAUCUAUGGUGAACAUGUCCCCAGGUUUUUUGUUGUCUAUGCUGAUGGAUCAGGAAUGGAACUUCUUCGAGACAGUGACAUAGAAGAAUACCUAUCUUUGGCAUAUAAAGAAUCAAAUACUGUUGUUCUCCAAGAGCCAGUGCAGGAACAGCCGGGCUCACUGAGCAUCACAGUCCUCCGUCCUGUCCAUGAAGCAUCACCAUGGCUAAUAAAAAAGGAAGAUACCAUUGUCCCUCCUAAUCUCCGCUCAAGGUCAUGGGAAACAUUUCCCUCAGUUGAGAAAAAAACUCCAGGACCUCCAUUUGGCACUCAGAUUUGGAAGGGCCUUUGCAUUGAGUCCAAACAGUUAGUGAGUGUCCCAGGUGCCAUACUCAAGAGCCCCAGUGUGCUACAGAUGCGUCAGUUCAUUCAGCAUGAGGUCAUAAAGAAUGAGGUGAAACUGAGACUGCAGGUUUCCCUUAAGGAUUACAUAAACCAUAUUCUAAAGAAAGAAGAUGAGCUGCAGGAAAUGAUGGUUAAAGAUUCCAGAACUGAGGAGGAGAGAGGCAAUGCUGCCGAUCUCCUCAAGCUGGUUAUGUCUUUCCCUAAAAUGGAGGAAACUACAAAAAGUCAUGUUAGUGAAGUUGCAGCUCACCUAGCUGAUUUAUACAAGCAAUCUUUGGCUAUGCCUCCAAAAUACCCACCAGACACAUUUGGUAAAGAUUUCUUUGAAAAGACAUGGAGGGACACAGCAUCCUCAAAACGCUGGAAAGAAAAGAUAGACAAAACGAGGAAGGAAAUUGAGACAACAAAAAAUUAUCUAAUGGAUAUUAGGAACUGCAAAAUACCACCCUUUUUAAAAUCUGAAUUGAACGAGUUGUAUCAGUCUCAGCAUAAUCAUCUGGACAAUCUUUCCAAAAAACUGCCUUCUUUUACAAAGAAAAAUGAAGAUACAGAUGAAACAGCUGUUCAGGAUACAUCUGAUCUUAAUCUAGAUCUCAAGCCACAUAAAGUUUCAGAAGAGAAAUCCUCAAGUGUGCUUAGUCUUCCAAAACCAGAGAUUACUGCAGAUAAGAAGGAUUUCACUGCUGAGAACCAAACUGAAAAUUUAACAAAAUUUCCUGAAGAGCCAGAAUCUUUUGAGCCCGUGAAAAUUCCAACCCAGUCCUUGCUGCAGGACGUUGCAGGACAAGCGAGAAAAGAAAGAGUGAAGUUGCCUCGUUACUUGCUGAGUUCCAAGCCUAAGUCUCGACCUCUCACAAAGGUGCAAGAUUCUGUCGCAGGAAAAGUGAACACAUCCUCUUUUGCAUCUGCUGCUAUUAACAAUGCAAAGUCAUCCCCUUUUGGGUUCCAUCUUCUCCCAUCAUCCGUGAAGUUCGGAGUGCUUAAGGAAGGACAUACCUAUGCCACAGUUGUAAAGCUCAAGAAUGUUGGAGUGGACUUCUGCAGGUUUAAAGUGAAGCAGCCCCCACCCAGCACAGGACUGAAAGUGACUUACAAACCUGGACCUGUGGCAGCUGGUUUGCAGACAGAACUGAAUAUAGAGUUAUUUGCCAUGGCUGUUGGAGAGGAUGGGGCCCAGGGAUCCGCACACAUCUCUCACAAUAUCGAGAUUAUGACUGAGCAUGAGAUUCUGUUCCUCCCUGUGGAAGCAACAGUUUUAACAAGCAGCAAUUAUGAUAAAAGACCAAAAGACUUUCCCCAGGGAAAAGAAAAUCCCAUGGUCCAGAGAACUUCUACAAUUUCUUCCUCUGCACUUGGAGUCUUCAUGUCUCGUGAAGUUUCUCCACAUUAGGAACAUCUCUUCUCGGUACAGCUCAAUAGCCUCCAUAAUCCUCUCAGCCUAGAUGAUGACAAAGCAAAGAAAUCAUUACAACAUACUCCAUCAUCCCAGGACACCGAAACUGGAAAAGCUGACUAGAAAUUUCCUAAAUGAAGUAGCUUCCAUCCCUUUAAUAAAGAUGUGCGAAGAGUGCCAAAAAGCAUGUAAAGACAUUUUUGGUUUUCUUAUUUUUUUAAUUCACAGGGAGGAGACUAAGUGUUAUGGACUCAGGUGGGAUAAUAUUGAGACACUCUGAAUAGGGCAGGUCCCAGGAACACCUGAAAAAAAGCACAUACUGAUCAAAGAGAUUCAGGACUACUCCCAUCUUUGGUUACAAGAGAAGAAAACAGAGGUUAUAAUCCCCCACCUUUUAAUCUCAUCAACUUUUUGCCACAGAAUGGCUUUCUGGUUGAUACAGAAUAAAACUUUUACUAAAAA